AUGUUGAUUUUGGUCAGCAAUUCAGACGCUUUGAAGGAUUUCCUGGCAGACCGGUCUUCUGUCGGCUUUUGGGCUUCGAUGCACUUCUUGUCCACGUACUCGUCAUACAGACCCACCUUCGAGCCGGAGGACUUUAAUGUCUGUCCUGUCCUUCUUACGCAGUCUGAUCAAGAUAAAUGGACGCCCCUGCACCUUAGUGAACUGAUCCUGUCCCGUAUCAAACAUGUGUCAGUCAAGACCGUGGAACUUGAAAAUGCAGGCCAUUAUCCUCCGGAGGACCCAGGACUUCAGCAGAUGGCUGAUGCAGUCAUUGAAUUCGUUCACCAAAUUGCACCAUGA